AGCAGGAAAUACCCCUGCCAGGCCACUCACCCCAACAUGCGGACGUAUUAUUUCUGCACUGACACAGCCAAAGAGAUGGAGUCGUGGAUGAAAGUCAUGACGGAUGCUGCGCUGGUCCACAGUGAACCCGUCAGAAGGCAGGACAAGCUGAAAGUAGAUCAGCGAACCCCUCAGGAGUUGAACAACCUUCUCAACCACAGAGUCCUGACCCGGCCUGAGAUCCAGAACAACGAGCGGAACCGCGAGCCUGUGAGACAACACUCUCUAUCUCAAGCAGACGACAAACGCCAAAAAGACCUAGAGAAACACAACGGCCAGAGGGAGUACUACACCUUACAAAGAGAAGGAGAGAGGUACUCUCUGAAGAAAGACGGUAUGAGCUACAUGCUUGAGAAAGACGGAGAGAGGUAUUUCCUCCAGAAGGAUGGAGAGAAGUACAUGCUGCGAAAAGACGGGGAGAAAUUCUUGUUGCAGAAAGAUGGAGAGGUGUGUGCAAUCCACAAAGACCUGGAGAAGUAUGCUGUUCAAAACAUGGAUGGAAGGUGCACCGUGAAGGAGGAGAAAUACGCUCUGUGUAAAGAUGCAGAGAAGUACCUGCUCACCAAGGAGAGAGAAAAAUACGCACUGCAAAAAAUAGGCGACCGACACACACUCCAAAAAGAUGGACAUAAAUAUGUUCCCCAGAAGGAAGUUAGGAGACAGUUGUCCUUAAAGGAGACAGGGAGGUACGACAUGAUGAGGGAGAUGGAGAACAAAUAUGGCACUAUACAAGUUGUGGACAAAUACGGCACCCUGAAAGAAGUGAAGAAAUACAGUACGCUGCGAGAGGGGGAUAGAUAUGCUACUCUGAGAGAUGCGGGGAAGUAUGCUACGGUGCGUGGGGGGGAUAGGUAUGGCUUCCAGAGAGACCCGAGUGCAGAGAGGGCUCUGACUAAGAUCAGCAGCCUCCAGCUGCAGCCGGCCCAGGCGGCCGCCAUCGCAGCGGCCGUGUCCGCGUCCCGCCAGAGCCACGCCCACCUCAGUGUCCACGGCCCCCCACAGCCCAACGGCCCGGGGCCCGCAGCGGCGGGGCACUCUGGGGUCUGCAGCCUCUCAGAGGGGGAUAGCAGCCUGGCCAUGGCUCCAGGAACGUCCCCUGUUCCAGUCCAGGAGCCGGAGCGGGGCCUGUCCAGAACCAACUCCAUGCAGCAGCUGGAACACUGGGUCCGCACGCAGAAGACCAGAGGACUGGACGAAGACACCAGGAGCUAUCAGAACACAGGAUUAGAACAGGCCAGUUAA